AUGGUGAAGAUCUACGCAUUGAGCAUCCUGUUCAAAGGUGCCACGGACGCGAAAUUCCUCAAGAACGCGCACGAGUUACAAAGCUUCGGCUAUUUUCAGCGCGGCUCCGUUCAAGAAUUUAUGGGGUUUGUUUCGAAAACGGUCGUUGAGAGAACUCCGUUGUCGACGCGUCAGUCAGUCAAAGAAGGAGAAUACAUGUGUCAUGUGUAUGUGAGAGGAGAUAGUUUAGGUGGUGUUGUUAUCUGUGAUCAUGAAUAUCCACAGAGAGUGGCACACACACUAAUUACAAAGAUUCUGGAUGAAUUUGUGCAUGCAUAUCCAUCUGGAGGCUGGCCUAGUUUAACAGAAAGGGAAGUCGAGUUUAAUCAGUUGAAUGUGUAUUUAAAUAAAUAUCAAAAUCCCCGGGAAGCGGACGCCAUGACGAAAAUGCAGGAGGAUUUAGAUGAGACAAAAAUUAUUUUGCAUAACACAAUUGAAGCAGUGCUCCAACGUGGUGAGAAACUCGACGAUCUGGUGGUAAAGUCUGAAGGUCUGAGCAUACAGUCCAAGGCCUUCUACAAAACGGCUCGGAAAACAAACAGCUGCUGCACGUUCGGUUAGCUGAGCACUUGUUAUCCACGUGCGCAGUUCGCCACAUUCCAAGUGCAUUAUUUAUAAUUUAUCAACAAAUUUCGGUGUACAACAAAACGCAAAACACAACCACAUAUUGUGAUAUGUCUCCAAAGCGCAUUUUCUAACAACAAUAACAAAAUUGAUGAGAGCUUCAACUUCAGCGAGAUGAAAAACAAUGACAAACCCCCCUGGAUGUGUUUAUGGUAUAUAAUUGUUCAAUAGUCGCUUCUGUUACGAGUAUAAAUGGACAAUAAGUGUUGUAUGAUUGAUUGUAAUACGUAUAAACCGAUAUUGAAUGUUAUCUUUCCUAUAUAGGUGUUUGUAAAAAUGUCUAUCAACGAGAUUUAUAUAUAUUUAGCCAAAAAUACGAACUAAAGAUGAUGAUUUUAAGGGUAUUGAUGGAGAAAAAGUAUUUAAUUCGUAUUUUAUCGAGAACGACGACGGCAUAAAAGACUACUGCUGAUAAUAUAUUGAAUGUGUCUAUUGAAGAGAAAUAUAAGUGUAAAGUUUAUAAAUGUAAUAAUUUAAAUUCAAAUUAAAAUGAAAUCAAAAACAA